CUCUCUCUAUCUCUCUCCUGUCUUGUCUCUCUGGAGUUAUUAUCUUUAUGUUAUGUAUAUAAACUCCAGCUCUGAAGAGUUUGUAACUUGAGAUUUGUGAGCUUCAUCUUCUCCCCCCCCCCCCCUUCACUCCAAGAACAAAGAACCUCACGAAUCAUCGUCUCAAGAACCUAACAGAUAGUUUCAAGAUUCCUCAACCGAGCUUUUUCAAGUGCCGACCGUAAUACAUUCCAGGUCAGAACCUCUGUUCUCAUCAGGAUCUCUUGAAUGGGCCUAUCAUUCUCCUGUCCCUUCACCGAGCAAGACGAAGUGGAGGCAGCUCUAGACUCCGUCACGGUUAAGUCCAUAACCUUAGGCGAAGACAACGAGUGCAAAACUCCAAAGAGAUCUGUCAACUUCAACGACAAAACGCUAGAGUCCACAAUCUUGAAAGGAUCUGGUGGUAAGAUGGUUGUUGAAAAGUCUGUUAGCUUUAAAGGGAUGCAGCUGGAGAGAAUGAUCUCUCUCAACAGGUCCGUCUUCAAAGAAGAUCACACCAAAGAGAAUGGCUUACAUGAGUUGGACAAUGUCAUCUCAGUUCUUGAUUCGAGUAUCCCUAAGCAUGAAGCUGCUAUUAAGUUGCAGAAAGUUUACAAGAGCUUCCGUACUAGGCGAAAGCUGGCGGACUGCGCAGUGCUUGUGGAGCAAAGCUGGUGGAAACUUUUGGAUUUUGCUGAGCUUAAGAGAAGUUCUAUAUCAUUCUUUGAGAUUGAGAAGCACGAAACCGCGGUUUCUAGGUGGUCUAGAGCUAGGACUAAAGCAGCUAAGGUUGGUAAAGGUUUGUCAAAGAAUGAAAAGGCACAGAAGCUUGCUCUACAACACUGGCUUGAAGCUAUUGACCCUAGACAUCGGUAUGGACACAACUUGCACUUUUACUACAACAAGUGGCUUCACUGUCAAAGUAGAGAACCUUUCUUCUACUGGCUUGAUAUUGGCGAGGGGAAAGAAGUUAAUCUUGUGGAUAAGUGUACUCGAAUAAAACUUCAGCAACAGUGCAUCAAGUACCUUGGUCCGAUGGAAAGGAAAGCUUAUGAGGUUGUUGUGGAAGACGGAAAGUUUUUCUACAAGAACAGUGGAGAAAUGCUUCAAACUUCUUCAAUGGAAGAUAGUGAUUCCAAAUGGAUCUUUGUGCUCAGCACAUCUAAAGUGUUGUACAUUGGGAAGAAGAAGAAGGGUGUGUUUCAGCACUCAAGCUUCUUAGCUGGAGGAGCUACUGUUGCUGCAGGGAGAUUAGUUGUUGAGAAUGGUGUUCUUAAGGCUGUUUGGCCACAUAGUGGACAUUACCAACCUACUGAAGAGAAUUUUUUGGACUUUCUGUCUUUCCUUGGAGAGAACAAUGUAGACAUCACUGAUGUAAAGAUGAGUCCUACAGAUGAAGAUGAGUUCUCUAUUUACAACCAGAGAAGCACUCACAUGAGAAACCAUUCUUUAGAAGAGGAUUUGGAGGCUGAGAAGACUGUGAUGGUUGAUCCAAGAGAGGAAGAAACAACAACGGUGAUGGCUGAUGUAGAAACACCAAAGAAGAUGGAGUCGCUUAGUACAUUUGACUUAGAACAAGAAUCAAAGCCUUCAGAGGAGAGCUUACCCAGAGGAGGAGGAGAAGAAGAAGCCAAGGAGAGUGAAGUAGUCAAGAUUCCAGAAGAAUCAAUCCUAAAAAGGAUAAACUCAAAAAAGGAAACUAGAUCUUUCCAACUUGGGAAACAACUAUCAUGCAAAUGGACAACAGGUGCAGGACCAAGGAUCGGUUGUGUAAGAGAUUACCCAUCAGAGCUUCAGUUUCAAGCACUGGAACAAGUCAACCUGUCCCCGAGAAGUGCUUCUGUUUCAAGACUCUACUUCUCCUUUUCCUCUCAAAGGCAAAUGCCUCGGAUGUCACCGUUAUGGCGUGGAAUGUCAUUACCUGCAGAUAUCACACAAUUAUAACUGAUGGAAAGUUAUUGAGAUCUGAUCUAUUCUUUUUGUGUGAAUAGAGAAGAUAAUGACUUAGAAAUUCUUUUGUAUUCUUUUUUUUUCUCACCUUAUAAUGUAACAGAGCAGCAUUUCAUUUGUUCAUUUGUUCAUUUGGUUUCUUGUUUAACAAGAAAUCACAGGUUAAAAUAAGUUUUUUUUACUAAAAGGUUAAAAUAAAUUUAGAUUAUUUUUCUACGC